GUUUUAAGGAGGGUUUAAAAAGCGGCUACUUUCGCCAUUGGCCUCUUUCAAUUAUUUGAGAGAUUCUCAUUUCUCCUUGCUCAAAUAUUUCAUCGAUUCCCUUCAUUAAUGUCUUUAUCUUUCUUUUCAAUUACAUUGAUUUGAAGAUUAGAUUUCCGUUCUUCUUUAUUCUUUCACUUGCCAAUAAUGUGGAGAAACUUUGCCAGAAGAACCUCUUUGUCUUCAAAGAAGCUUAAUUUCUCUUCAGAUUGUACACAACUCAAUCAAGAUUUAGACAUUCUUCAAAAAGUCAGACACCCAGAAGCUCAAACACUCCUAUGUUCACCUUAUUCGUUUCUGGGUUCUCGCCGAAUUAGUGGAUUAUCUUCUCAGAAUCAUGAAUUUAUCAAACCCAGUUUCACAAAUUUAACAAACCCGUUCGGGUUUUCUCAUUUCUUGUUCAAGGGUUAUGCAACUGCAGCUGCACAAGUAAUUGCUUCAACGGACGAAUCAGAUUUUUCUGGGUGUGAUGAAUUGCAAGAGCAGAUAGAGGAAAUCAAUAAACACCACAAGAAAAUGGAUGCACACUUUAGGCAACAACAGCAGCAGCAACAGCGAAAGAAAACAAUAGCUGGUAUGGGCAUAGGCAAAUACACCAUACUUAAAAAGAGACAAAUAAAGAUGGAGACUGAGGCAUGGGAAGAAGCAGCUAGAGAGUAUCAAGAAUUGUUAACUGACAUGUGUGAGCAGAAACUAGCUCCCAAUUUGCCUUAUAUAAAGUCUCUGUUUUUGGGUUGGUUCGAGCCUUUGAGAGAUGCUAUUGCUAAAGAGCAGGAAUUGAGUAGGGAAAAGAAUAAUAAGUUGUCUCAUGGACCUUAUUUCGAUGCAUUGCCUGCGGAUAUGAUGGCUGUUAUUACUAUGCAUAAAUUGAUGGGAUUGUUGAUGACAACUAAUGGUGGGAAUGGGAGUGUUAGGGUGGUUCAAGCUGCCUGUGCUGUUGGUGAGGCAAUUGAGCAUGAGGCUAGGAUACACAGGUUCUUGGAAAAGACAAAGAAGAAAAAGAAAAGCACAAAAAAUGAGGAACCUGAAGGUAAAUUGGAACCUGUGACCAGUGACGCAGAGAAACUUGCUAAAGAACAGGAGAAACUGAGGAAAAAAGUCACUGAACUCAUGAAAAAGCAAAAGGUUCAGCAAGUAAGAGGUCUAACGAAGGGCCAUGAUGAUUCAAUGCCCUGGGGUCAGGAAGCACAGGUUAAGGUUGGCUGCCGGUUGAUUCAAUUGUUAAUUGAAACAGCCUAUAUACAACCUCCAGUCAAUCAAUUGGGAGAUGGUCUACCUGAUAUUCGCCCUGCAUUUAUGCACACCCUCAAAAAUGUCAUGAAAGACACACAGAAAACUAGCCGGAGAUACGGUGUUAUUGAAUGUGACCCAAUUGUUCGUAACGGCCUUGAGAAAUCUGCCAGGCACAUGGUCAUCCCUUACAUGCCAAUGUUGGUUCCUCCUUUGAAUUGGGAAGGGUAUGAUCAAGGUGCAUACUUAUUUUUGCCAUCCUAUGUUAUGCGGACCCAUGGAGCAAAGCAACAACGUAAUGCAGUUAAAAGGACUCCAUGGAAACAAUUAGAGCCUGUUUAUGAGGCCCUCAAUACACUAGGAAAUACGAAGUGGAGAAUAAAUAAGAAGAUACUUACAGUAGUUGACAGAAUAUGGGCUAAUGGAGGCCGUCUAGCUGGUUUGAUUGACCGUGAAGAUGAACCUUUGCCUGAAGAGCUAGAAACAGAAGAUGAAAAUGAAAUUAAAAAAUGGAAGUGGAAAGUGAAAAAUGUGAAGAAAGAGAAUAGCGAGAGACAUUCACAGCGGUGUGAUAUUGAACUUAAACUUGCUGUUGCUCGGAAGAUGAAGGAUGAGGAUGGCUUCUACUACCCUCAUAACCUUGAUUUUCGUGGCCGUGCUUACCCUAUGCACCCACAUUUGAACCAUCUUGGCUCUGAUAUGUGUCGCGGUAUUCUGGAGUUUGCAGAGGGGCGCCCUCUUGGGAAGUCUGGCUUCCGCUGGCUGAAGAUACAUUUGGCAAAUGUAUAUGCUGGUGGUGUAGACAAGUUAUCCUAUGAGGGUAGGGUAGCAUUUACUGAGAAUCAUCUGGAUGAUAUUUUUGAUUCUGCAGACCGCCCUCUUGAAGGAAGGCGCUGGUGGUUGGGUGCAGAGGAUCCUUUUCAAUGCUUGGCAACAUGUUUUAAUCUCGCAGAAGCAUUUAGAAGCUCCUCUCCAGAAACUACUAUUUCACAUAUGCCCAUCCACCAGGAUGGUUCCUGCAACGGUUUGCAACACUAUGCUGCCCUUGGAAGGGACAAGUUGGGAGCAGCUGCAGUCAAUCUUGUUAGUGGAGAGAAACCUGCAGAUGUAUACUCGGGAAUAGCCGCCAGGGUUCUUGAUAUAAUGAGGACAGAUGCGGAGAAAGAUCCUGGAACUAAUCCAAAUGCAUUGCAUGCUAAGCUUUUAAUCAAUCAGGUCGACAGGAAAUUGGUGAAGCAGACAGUGAUGACAUCAGUGUAUGGUGUCACUUAUAUUGGUGCUCGUGACCAAAUCAAAAGAAGGUUAAAAGAACGUGAUGCUGUUGCAGAUGAUCCAUCCUUGUAUGCUGCAUCUUGCUAUGCGGCAAAAACCACCUUGAUGGCUUUAGAGGAGAUGUUUGAAGGUGCUAGAAGUAUCAUGGCCUGGCUUGGUGAAUGUGCAAAGGUAAUAGCUUCAGAAAAUCAACCUGUGCAAUGGACCACUCCUCUUGGACUUCCUGUUGUACAACCUUAUAGACAGUUGGGAAGGCAUCUUAUUAAGACUUCCCUUCAGAUGCUGGCAUUACAAAAGGAAACAGACAAGAUAAUGGUAAAGCGUCAAAGAACAGCUUUUCCACCAAACUUUGUUCAUUCCCUUGAUGGUUCUCACAUGAUGAUGACUGCUGUUGCCUGCAAACAUGCAGGCUUGAACUUUGCAGGAGUCCAUGAUUCAUACUGGACACAUGCAUGCGACGUUGACGAGAUGAAUAGGAUACUUAGAGAAAACUUUGUUGAACUCUAUGAGGCACCGAUACUAGAGAAUUUGUUGGAAGGCUUUCAGAAGUCAUUCCCCAAGUUGAAGUUUCCUCCCUUACCGGAUCGAGGAGACUUUGAUCUUAGAGAUGUUCUGGAGUCUCCCUAUUUUUUCAACUAGUCUGUGAGCGUUUCCUCCAAGUGUAUCUUCAUAUAUCUGUCAUGCAGUUGGCAAGUGAUGACAGUUAUAUCCGCUCAAACCUGUGCAUGCAUUUGUGAAGCUCACGAGUACCAAGCAACCAAUUGGUGGAGUAAAGGCUGGGAAGAAAAGACUCCAGGUUUGCACACAAUGGGUCUCCAAGUCCGACAAGUUCGUCUGUACAUAUAACCAUCAGCAGGAGAUACCCCUUGCAAUCCUGGCUCUGCACUUCAAAUUUGGCAGUCUUUGGAUGCAUUUGGCAACUAUAUAAGGAAUUAAGGUAGUGCAAGAUGCUGUAUGGCCAACAGCAGCUCGAAUUACUAAAACAAGCCAUAUUGUCCUAAGCUGGGCUAUGUGCAAAAGGGCAUCAAAGCUUCAGCAGAGUAGGAAUAAUAUAUUAUAUUAAUGAAGUGAUUCAAAUGGAUUCAAGAAGUUUCGGAGCUUUUCCAGCGAAACUGCAUCUUCAGAGAUGCUGACUGCAAUAGGUUUUUAUAGGUUUCAAACAAUAAAAGCAAUGGAAGAGCAGCAUAGGAAUUGACAGGCUUGUGUUCUGUGGCAGUUUGCCACCUCUUUACGCAUUGUUUUGCAGUAUCUGUGAUUAUGUUUUUCUUCUUAUGACUGGUUAUUGUCCGUCCUGCUAUUAUUGAAAGCAAGUUGUUUUGUUUAUACGCAAGUAAAAUAAUACAUGGUUAAUUUUUUUAA